AUGGCCCAAAAUUCAGGAGCCGCUGCCGGCGGUCCUCGUUCAAAACAUCCCAAUGGUUCAGUUCUCUGCGAUAAGUGGUAUAGAUAUGGUAAGCAAGCGUAAUGGCUUUUUGCGCGGCUCCACAUCCCUUCUUUCCCGCAAACGAUCCUGUGGGGAUGGAACGGAUUUUAUAGCAAACACUAUUACAUUACCCCACCUGAUUCCCUUCUGCAUUUACUGAUUACAGCCGCAUGAGACAGGGAGAUGUAGUCGUCCGAAUUGUGGGUUUGCACAUCGUGAUGCUUUGCCGGGCAAAGAUAUUGUUCCGCCAUGUCAUGAGUUCUUUACAUUAAAAGGUAAUGAUUGAUUUCCUCGUUUUUCCAGCAAAAGGCGGAAUACUGACAGAGUCUAUAGAUGGAUGCUCCCGGAGACCCACCUGCAAACUCCUUCAUAAUAAGGGGUCUGCGCUUGUCCCGACCAAGAGUGCGCCAAAGAUCUCGGGAUCUAGAGGUGCUGGGACCGGCGGUAACUCCUCUCUGGCUUCGGAUCGCCCUGUUUUCGUCCUACCAGAAAUGCCAAAGGCCCGUGAGAAUGACAAAGCUUCUUCCAUCGCCAAGCCGAAGGCUGUGCCAGACCAGCCCGGAAGAUCAGGUGUCGGAGAGCGCGGCGGCAUCGCCUCUCAAGUCCCGGCGGGCCCCGCCUUUCACACAAACAAUCCGAGGCGAGAGAACAACAGGGGCUCCCAUUUGACUCAGGAGAGGUCUACUGCGGUUAGGGGAGACAACAAGGCUGGUGCCGUAAACGCGCCGCGUCCUCCACCCAAACCGCCUGUCACGUACUCUGACCACGUGCACAGUAUUGCUUAUUCUAAGGAGAGAGACUGGAGAAACAGAGGGCCAUUGCUUGUCACACAUGGCACACGGACGGCUCCAAGAGAGGCCAAGGUUGAAUUGAGUCAGUUGGACGAUGAAUCUGGUGAUAGCAAAAAUGAUGGGGGUGUCUCCUUAGAGGUUCCAGGCCCCAGGGCUUUGGUCGUCGAUACUCCACCUCCAAAUCUCCGCACUACGAAACAGAAAGAUGAUGUCGCUGGCAAUACGGGAGUGGAUAAUGGGGUUAGAUCCAUCAGCACCAGGCCUACAAAAACUGCUUGUGAGGCGAAGCCCGCCCCUCGAGGCAGUUCCAGGAAUGGCAGUUCUUUGGGGGAUGGAUGCAGUUCUCGCAGCCCCAGGGCCCUUAUACCUGCCAUGGUUAAUCACGAACGAGUGAUGACCAGUGACGCUGGCCAUUCAAUUGAGGAAUCUCGAACAAUUGGCAAGGUUAUUGAGCCGAAGCCAUCUAUUUCGAACUCGCUCGAGAAAUUCCUAAAGACCCCGAGUGCAGAGAGCUUUGGUCGUAACGUUGGGGAAGGCGAACCGUUCCAGGUAUCAGGCGGUGGUGUCCGCCUCCUGGACAAAUUCGCGAGGCAAUAUGCAUCAGACCCAGCUGCUAUCCAGGAGAAAUAUGGCCAUCUAGCCUUCCUACUGCAAGCCGAUCCGAGACGGGAUUUUUCCCAACUUAGAUACACUGUCGAAACUCACCGGUCCAUGUUCUGGCAGUUAGAUCCGGUUCGUCUGCGUGGGAUUGAUUUUGAGAAAGUUAGGCCCGAGGAAACCCCGAGAAAUGAGGUAAUCGGCGAUUUCUUUCAGAAAACCUCUAGCGGAAUUUCUAUUCCGGAUCAGGACUCCUCGCGAUGGGAACCCAGGGAUGAUUCUCGAACGCACCGCCAUCGCAAUCAGGUAGCCCGUACCGCGAGUGAAUACAAUGCCUCUACCGACAGGCCUCCUCACCGCCCCGCGGAGAUUGCUCCCAGGGAGCACGGUGGAGGUUACCCACCGAAGAACCGAUUUAACCGCAGUGAUCGUGCACGAGCUGUUCCAGGGGGCCGUGGGGGUGCCUGCUCGGGAAACAGGCACUUUGGUCAAUCUCAGGUGAUCCCAGUGGAUGCCGACAGAGUGCCCCUCGGGGAGAAGGGUAGUGCUUCUAGUGACCACUCAGGGGUUACUACGAUGGUUUCUGCAGGGGGCCUAACUGGCACAGACAGGGCUGUGGUUGCUGAUACCCCAGAUUUGACUACGUUAAAGCAUGAGGGGCUUCUCUGUGAAAAUAACGCCACUCUUGACCACCAUGCGGGAGUCCCUGAGCAUGCGAACGGUGAAUUUUCCAAGAGAAGUGAAGAGAGGGAAAUUCUAUCUGAGCCCGUUGCCAAAAAACAGGCGGCAGAGGAGGUCUGUACCCCUUGCGGGGAACCGAGUGUCAUUGGUGGGGUGGCGGUGCCUCCUUCCCCCAAGGGCACAGCGCAUUCUAUCGGCCCCGAUCCAAGCUCUUUGGCUUCUUCACCACCGAGCGGCCCUACCCCUCUCUUGGGGAUGAGGCAGGAAUCUACUGGAUCGAACGACGAAGAGCCCCUCACUACUAGAAAAGCCGGGGAUUGUGUGCAGGUAGAAGGUAAGCUAUUUAAGAGUAAUGCUAGUAUUGCUCGUGAGAUUUCUACCCGGACCAUUGCUAACGAUUAUGGGAUGAUAGUUCCCCAAAAGCCAGAAAAAGCGCUUGGACCUCCGGAUAGCUCGCAAAUGUCUUGCUUCGCAUCUCGAGAUGUACGUGUAUUUCUCCUUCCAAGCUUUCCCCCGCUAACAAUGUUUCAGGAAGCUAAGAUGGCACUCGCUGUGAACUUGCAGAAACCUGGUCAGUUUACCGCUAAAGGAGAGGCCGAUCGUCAACAGAGUGACUCGGAGAUGCAGGAAGUCCCCUCGUGGAUGAAUGAGUCUGAUUCGGGGAAUGAGACUCCUAGUGUUUGGGAAUGGGAUUGGGAUAAGAAAUCCUCCCAGACUGGCCUUACCGAUGACGAGUGGGGUGCGGGUGUUCCUCUUGAUCAAGCUAAUGUUGAGAGCUUUUAUGGAGCGACUGGGACUGGAACCGGAUCCCCGGUGUCGCCUGUGGGGCGCGUGUUUGAACUACCCGAAGAUCCGGGUAGCUUCCCAGAAUUCCAGAAACAAGAGGCUAGAAAAUUGCGCUGUGCGAAAAAGUAUAGGGCAAAAGAGCCAAAGGAAUCGUCCAGGGCAUCUGAAGGAAAUAAUUGCGAGCCAUCUGUGCCCGUGAACAAUGCCAGCGAGCCACAGGCACCGGGAAACAACGCUGUCAAACAACCUGUACCAGAACACAAAGUUAGCAAGCCACCUGUGCCGGGGGGUAGAGCUAGAAAACCGCCCGUAUCUCACCACAAAGUCACCAAACCACCAGUGCCGGUAAACAGAGCUAACGAGGCAAUUGCGUGCCAGGGAGUCAAUGGCAAACUGGUGGCAUCCGAGGGCUACAACAGAAGCUCGACCGUGUCCCGUAACAACCGCGAUGCGGGCGCACCCAUUUCUCGUGGGCGUUCCCUUGGGGGCUGCGGUGGUAUCAAAAAGCUACCAGACGAAGUGCUCCAUGCAAUAUUUAGUUUUGCCGCGGAUGGUGUCCUACCAGAAGUCCAAGUCAAAACCAAGGACCUCACAUACGGAUGUGGCUUUGAGGCCCCCUCUACCUUCAACAAGGUUCGGUAUAAAGGCCUUUGGAGUGUGCUUAGGACUUGCCACCAUUGGCGCACCCUCAGCCAAGAGAUCCUAUACAAAUACGUCAACCUUAGUGACUGGUCGAAUCUGGAGCUCUUUGCACGCACUGUGUCCCACAAUCAAGAUAUGGGAGCCUUGGUCCGGUCCCUACGGAUAUCUGUGCGGCCAUUCAGCCCACAGGCGAGCUACAAAAGCUACAACAACCGCGAUCGCAACUCUAGAGCUGCUGUUGUAGAGCAGGUCGAUGCCUUUCAUCUGCUGUCGGACAUACUGGGGGGAUGCUCUCUCAUCCACGUCAUGUCCAUUGAUAUGCCUAACGCAGUCCCUGCUUUCAACAAACUGGUGUCGAUGCAGGGGUUCCCGAACCUUAGGGAGAUCCGUAUGAAGGAUGGGGGCGGGAGAAUCGCGACGGGAGAGAGGGUCUGGGAAAACAUCAUCAGGAAUACGCCUGAGCUGAAAAAACUUGUGAUUACACAAGACCAAGACCUCUCUCUGAGGAACGCCCCCACAGUUAUCAGGAUCCCUGAGAAUAUAUUCCAUAGUGAGAAAGAAUCCGCCUUCAAAUUGACCCAGAUCCGUCUCACUAGGUCCUACGAGAUUAGCGAUGACAUGCUCCUCCUACUCUGCGGGAAACUUAGGAACCUAAACGAUUUAGACAUUGUCGAUUGUCCGUUAGUUACAUCUAGAGGUAUUUUCCUUCCUAUCUUACUUGUUUGUAUCCCAGUAUUGCCCAUGACUAACGCUUUUUUUUAAGGUAUCGCGCGGAUGUUGGAGAAAAUGCCCAACCAGUUGACACGCCUCUCAUUCUGGAUUUGGAUCAACCACUACGGGAAUGUAUCCAAGAGAGAGCAGGAUAUUGGUGUAGACCUCUGUCAUGCCCUGAGUAAAUACGGCCAGAGUCUACAGCAUAUGGACAUCAAGAUAUUUCUCGCAUGUCAUCAUUUGUGGCAAGACGGGUUCCGCGAAUUAAAACGGUGCCGUAUUGUGCCUUUCCACUACCAUGACUGUGUGAAGCAGGAGAAUGUCCGGUCAUCCUCCUUCUUUAAGAACGUCCUUGACAAAGGUCGCAAUGCGGGCAAGUUCCCGGCAUUAACUGAAUGCAUGGUUUGAAGGCAAGUACCCCUCCCCCUUUUCUCUCAUAUUCUAUUGGAUGACUAUUCUAACGCAUCUUCUAGGUCAAUGGGAAAUUUUGGUUGCAAUGCUCGAUAUGCUUUUCAUUUACCCAACCAUGGCUAGAGAAAAACAUGAAAUAAAUUAAAAAAAGCACAAAAAGACAAAAAGACAAAAAAAUAAUAAUUCAAGGGACCUCUAAGGAGCAUAUCCUUACCCAUAGCGUGGACCACCACUCCUAUUCUCGAGGAUUUCGCAGAAUAUGCCAUUCCUAUCCUUACCAAAAAAAAAAAAGAUAUAAAAGCGCAGUGCAGGGAGGGAAACCGAAAACGGCAGGUUUGUAUAAAGUCACCAUCUUGAGAAACAAAACGGUUCUCCACCGUCUGGUAGGGAAUAUCAUAAAUGGUUGGCAAAGACAUUGCCAUUAUCAUUGGGUCGGAGUUUUUACCUAUUUUUUUUUUCCCUCUUCGCAUUGCUUUUUUGCUUACCGUUUUCACCGAUCUCUCCUCAUUUGGAUUUUUUGUUCUUGCAUCUAUGUUGCUUACGUUCAUCUGUCUUUUCUAUUUCUGAGAGGGGUUGCUAUGUUUUGUCUUCAGAUCCGGUGCUUGUUGGAGUUUGCAAUAUUUGGAUUGGAAAUUAAAUUGGUGUUUACGGGAGGGGGGCCGGUUGGUCGGAUCGGGUGGAAACAUAGAUGAAGUCGGGGAAUGUUUAUACAUGGGAGAAAUGUCGUCUGGUUCAAUCUGUUUUGCUGGCACAAAUUUUUUUCUUUCAUUCAUCUUUCCACCGAUGCCCUUCCUGUAUGGUAUCGUGGUGCCCAGAGUACUUAGUUACUGAACAUCAUUGCUUAUUUGCUUCUACUUUCUUUGACAUCAGAGGCUUACAAUGGCUUUC